AUCCGAAAUGACUAACACUGGCAGAAUUCCUGUGUGGCUGGAUUGUGAUCCGGGCCAAGAUGAUACAGUUGCAAUAAUCAUUGCAUGCUAUAGCGUACAUUUUGACCUCCUCGGAAUAUCGACUGUUCAUGGAAACGUGUCCCUGCAGAACACCACAUGCAAUGCAUUGAGGGUCUUGACAGCCAUCGGUAAAACUGAAAUUCCUGUUUAUCCAGGAGAAGCCAAACCGCUGGAUAACUACGCUGAGGUUUUCGCAGCGGACGUCCACGGUAAGACCGGUCUCAAUGGGUCCAACUUAUUGCCUGUCUCUAGAAUGAAGCCUAGAAAUAAGUCGGAUUUUUUCCCACAUCUAGCUCGGGUGAUUGAGGAGAACGAAGGUAGGCUUAACAUUGUUGCAACCGGUCCGCUCACAAAUAUAGCCACAUUUUUCAAGCAAUACCCACAUUUGAGGAGUAAGAUCAACUGGUUGUCUGUCAUGGGAGGAGGAUUUGAGGUGUUCAACAUCAACGGGAAUGCAGAGUUCAAUUAUUUCUGUGACCCUUUUGCAGCUAAAGAAAUUGUGCAAGACGACAUUUUAUCCAGAAGAAUGAUCCAGGCCUCUCUAGAUAUAACCAGCAAAGUGUUCAUUUCGAGCAGUAUCCAGGAGGGAGUUCUAGAUGGGAAAGACGUGGAGCAAGCGUCUAAUUUUCGGGCAAUGAUGUACGAACUCAUCGAUUCUUUCAACAAGAGGAUGCUAGCAAAGAAACUCCCCGAUUACAAGGGGCCGGUAAUCCACGAUCCUGUUGCGCUAGUAGCGCUUUUGCAGUUUUUAGGCGUAACAAACGAGUUGGAGUUUACGUACGAAAGAAGAACCUUUGGAGUGAGCAUAGAGCCAGCAUCAUAUGGAACAAUAACCGGAGCAAAGAAAGAUGAACAGAACGGGAUUUACGUUUUAAAGGACCUCAGUGUUAGCAGAUUUUGGCAGGAGGUAUUGGCGGUGUAUGAUGCGGCGGACAAAAAUGCGUACAUGAAUUCGAUUCCCCGAGAAGAGCUCAUCGAGGAAUCCGUUUUGGGAGACUGCUAACUAGACAACAUUUAUAGAUAGAUUGUAGAGUGAUGGACGGAUCGCUUAAGCCACGGCAAACGUAUGGAUCAACCUUAUUUCCAGGCGAGAUGCCUUCCCGAUUGGGAAACAGGGGUCUUUGCCGAGGGUCGCUAUCAAUAGAG